AUCUACCAGGUGCCCCCGUCUUUGGACGCAAGGAGCUGGGAAGGGCACAAGCCGCAGGGAAAGGUGCUGGUGCCCACCCGCGUGGGGCAGGUGUACGUCUAUGACUCCCCCAAGGGCGAGCAGGAUGAGUACGAUUUCCCUCGCCACCUCCUCUCCGUGGGCGCCCAGGAGAUCUACGACGUGCCGCCUGUCCGAGGCGGGGUCCCGAGCCAGUUCAGCCAGGAGGUCUAUGACAUGCCCCCCAUGGCAGUGAAGGGUCCUAAUGGGCAGGACCCAGGGCAGGAGAUCUACGACGUGCCCCCCAGUGUGGAGAAGAACCUGCACCAAACUGUGUACGACGUCCCUCCCUCGGUGAGCAAAGACGUGCCAGAUGGCCCGGUGCGGGAGGAGACCUACGACGUGCCCCCCGCCUUCGCCAAGCAGAAAGCCUUCGACCCAUCUCGCCACCCCCUCAUCCUGGCCCAGCAGGAGCCCUACUUGCCAGAGGAUGUCUACGACGUGCCGCCAGCGGCUGGGAAAGGCGCCCCUGAACUGCCACUCUCCCACGAGAUCUAUGAUGUGCCCCCCAGCCUCAAGAAGUUGGGGGGGUUGGCCUUCCCCUCCCAGGAGGUGUACGACGUGCCCCGGGACCUGCACGCCCCAGGCAAGGGCUCCCUGGACACGGAGGGCGAGUAUAUCUAUGACGUACCACCACAAGUGGACCGUGAGGCCAAGGGUGCCGAUGCCAAGCGCCUCUCGGCCUCCAGCACGGGCAGCACCCGCAGCAACAUCUCCACGUCCUCGCUGGACGUGGUGCCCAUGAAGGAGCCAGGCAAGGGAGCCGGCAAGGAGUUCUCCCUGGACUUGGAUGCUGCCAUGGAGACGCUGGCAAAGCUCCAGCAUGGCAUCAGCGGUGCUGUCUCCUACCUCAUGUCCUUCAUCAGUGCCAACUGGCGCAGCCCUGAGUACAUGGAGGCCAAUGCCGCCAGCAUCCAUGGGGCAGCCGAGGGGGGUGUCCGAACAGCGCUCUGGGACCUGCUGGAGUUUGCCCGGGGGGCGGUGGGCAAUGCUGCCCAGGCCUCUGACCGUUCCCUCUACGCCAAGCUCAGCAAACAGCUGCAGAAGAUGGAGGAGGUCUACCAGGCUCUGGCACGGCAUGGCCAAGCGCUGGACGCUUGCCACUGGGCCCCGAGUGCCCUGGGCAAGGAGGAGUUUGAGAAGACCCAGAAGGAGCUGCUGGAGAAAGAGACGAGCAUUGGCACCUUGCUCCUGGAGAGGAGCCUGAUACGGCCAUCCUUGUCCUGGGGCUGCCACUGGCUUUGCCAUCACAAUGCCCUGUCCAACUGGAUCCCCCCCCAGCCCUAUGGCCCGGCGCGAGGCAGCGGGGCUCUGUGUCCUGCUGACCGCCAGCUCCUCCUCUUCUACCUGGAGCAGUGCGAGGCCAACCUCACCACGCUCACCAAUGCCGUUGACGCGUUCUUCACCGCUGUCAGCACCAACCAACCCCCCAAGAUCUUUGUGGCCCACAGCAAGUUCGUCAUCCUUAGCGCACACAAGCUAGUCUUCAUCGGGGACACGCUGUCCCGCCAAGCCAAGGCCCAGGACAUCCAGCACAAGGUGAUGCACUACAGCAACCUCCUCUGUGAGAUGCUCAAAGAGAUCGUGGUGACCACCAAGGCGGCUGCCCUCCACUACCCUUCUCCCGCUGCCUCUAAGGACAUGGUGGAGCGUGUCAAGGACCUCGCCAACAGCACGCAGCAGUUCAGGAUGGUGCUGGGCCAGUUGGCAGCCAUGUGA